GUCCUACACAACACUGCUACGUACCAAUCAUUUAUUGUUCGGGCGUAAUUAGAAAGCAAUAAUUAAGCGUAACUUUUACGUGUAACCAACAACAACACAGCACACAGUUGCAAGUGCAGUACAUAUAAGUGUAAAACAGCGCGCGUCCAUUUACCAUUGCAAUUUAAAGUGCUUAAAACUACGUCGCCAUUUUUCGACAUACACACAAAAGAAAACCACAGUCAAAGCUGAAAAAACCUGUGCGUGCUUGCGUGUGUUUAUUUGUGUCUGCUGUGUGUGGUUACGUCUAUGAAUUUUUUAUACAUACCCUUACGUACAUAUAAAUUAAUACUAGCCCGCAGCACUAGCAGCAAUAGUCAGUUAUAGUAAUUUAAUAUCCGACAUUAACAUAGUGUGUAAUAUUAAUCGAAAACCACUGAUUACCAACCACCGCCAUAUAACAAAAGCAUCACCAGCAGUUAUCGACGUGGACGAUAACGCCAAAAAGGAAGAGAAGAAACUAAAGAGCAAAUAGCUGCAUCUUUAUCUUUAUCAAAAGAACCUGGCACAACCCUAAGCAAAACUGUGAUUUAAUCAUACAAAUACAACAAAGGAAAUAAAAUGGCCAAAACGUACGACUACCUGUUCAAAUUGCUACUGAUCGGUGAUUCUGGAGUUGGCAAAACCUGCAUAUUGUUUCGAUUCUCAGAGGAUGCUUUCAAUACGACGUUUAUAUCUACAAUAGGUAUCGAUUUUAAAAUUAGAACAAUUGAAUUGGAUAACAAGAAAAUCAAAUUGCAAAUAUGGGACACUGCUGGUCAGGAGCGAUUCCGGACGAUCACCACGGCAUAUUACAGAGGUGCCAUGGGCAUUAUGCUCGUGUAUGACAUAACACAAGAGAAAUCGUUUGAGAAUAUCAAGAACUGGAUACGAAAUAUCGAAGAGAAUGCCGCAGCUGAUGUUGAGAAAAUGCUGCUGGGCAACAAAUGCGAACUGAACGAUAAGAGACAGGUUUCAAAGGAACGUGGCGAACAGUUAGCCAUUGAGUAUGGCAUUAAAUUCAUGGAGACCUCCGCGAAAGCAAGCAUCAAUGUUGAAGAAGCUUUUCUCACGCUAGCCAGUGAUAUCAAAGCGAAAACGGAAAAAAGAAUGGAGGCGAACAAUCCACCGAAGGGCGGCCAUCAGCUGAAACUAACAGAGAUUCGAACAAAGGAUAGUUGGCUGUCGAGAUGCAGUUUGCUUUGACGUGGCAAUGUGCGUGUGGCACUGAUGCGGCAUGGUGGAAAUAAUAAUGAUAAUGUAUGUGGUAGUAGUUUUCUUAACUCCUGUUAAGUCCCAAUAACAACAACCAAGCGAGCAAACACCCCUGAAUAUGCAACAUAAUGAAAUAAUACAUAAUUAUAAUAAUAUAAUAAUAGAACAGAUAUAAAAUUGUAUAUGCGAACGAGACAUGGCGAUAAGAGAUGUACGAAAUAUGCAUAAAUAUACAUCUAUACACAUAUAAUAUUCAUUAAACGUAAAAAAAGGAAAAAGAAGCAAAUAAUAAUACGAGCAUUGUGAGUAGCGUAAAGAAACUGAAAGGUUAACGAAACAACAACAAAAUUACAACCCGCCCACGCCCUGCCCUUGCUCCGAUCGGUUACAGUUUUCGUUUUACUAUACUUUGCACUUUCCAUGUAUAAUUUUUAAAUUUUCUGUCGAAAGCCAUGGUUGUUCACGAUUUGUAAAAGAAUGACAAAACAAUAAAGUAGAAAAUAAAUAUAUGUAUUCUUAUAUUGUAUA